CAUACACAAAUCCAGCGUAUUACUACAAAUCUAGUACUCCAUCGAUCGUGCCCUAUUGCAUUGUAGCUUAUUCCUCGUUUUCUUUGAAUCAAAUCCAAAUUUCAUAACGUAUUUAAAUUUCCUCCAUUGCAGAACGGCACUCGAGAAUAUUGGAUCCGUCCUGUCAUACGAACAGUCACGGUUUCAGUCAAAUUGGUAAAGUCAUAAUCACCAUCGAUGGGUACAGCUUCGGGAGGUCUUUCUCCCAGGGAACGAGAAUCUACUGGAAAUGCACCAAAGUCGUAACCGAAAAGUGUCCAGCCAGGAUUACCACGUGCGUCAAUAGUUCGAAUAUAAUCCACGGCGUUCGGCCUCACAAUCAUCCGCCGUACGUUUAGGAAUGAAUCGUUAGAUGACUUUGAAAAAUAAAGCGCAAUGACAAAGAUGUUUGCAGCUCAAAACGUGAAUUUUGAACAGCUGUCUCCUCUCAUCAAUGAUAUCUAACACACAUAUAUUCAAUGUUCGUUUCCCUCAACAGCCGAAAUCACAAGGAAGUACCGGAACCCUCCGGCGGAAUCAGAUAGCGAUAGCGAUGGUGGUUUUCACCGAUCAAAGUCCCAGCUAUCCCCGUUGGAUCUGCGAGUGAUGAUGGGUCGUACGGGACGUCCAACGUUGCUGAUGGGUGGCCACGUUUUCACUCGCAAUAACACUCACAAAGAUAAAACCUACUGGUUGUGUUCGAAGAGUCGCUCGCUGAAGUGUCGCGCCCGGAUAAUUACCCUGGACGGUAGUGGGGGACUGGUUCUCAAGAAUCAGAUCCAUAACCAUUCGGCGGGUGGAAAUCGCUAGUGCAGAUGUAAAAAUAAAGAAUAAAACACUAGACUUUUAGUUUUUUUUUCAUAUCAUUUAUACAUGCCGUACUAGAUUCUUCGAUUUCUCACUAACCACCGCCUAAUUCUCACCCCUUACAGGAAAAAUCGUCGUCAAAGAAAAGUCAACGGAAGAAAAAUUCUUCUUCGUCCGCACCGCCGAUGGUCGCUAUAAAAUUCAUGCAAAUGCCCCUUCAUCAAAAAUCAAGAAGGAAAAAGCACAUCCACAGCAGAAAAUGGUUAAUACUGGAACCAGACUGAUUCGAUCUGAAAUCAUCUUUCCCCUAAACGAAGGAACGGAAGUGGAACAGUUGGAACAACUUGUGAAGAAGGAUUCCACAAUCAGACAGGAAUAUAUUAAUGUUCUGAAGCUUAAGCCUAGGGGUACGCAAAUCGUCCAUUACAUGCACAACGUUUUCACGGACGAUUCACUUAUUGACUACAACUACAAUAAUGGCCAUGGCAAACGCGCCAUGCGAAUGUACGACAUAUUUUCCAACUGCUUCAUGGAAGCGUACGAAGCGGAAGAACUUACAGAGUUUGAGCUUGCCUACCAGCUGACGUCGGCGAUCAAGCAAAGUCGAAACCGGUUGCGGCAGCGCAUGUUCCGCGCAAGAAAAAUUGUGGAAACAAGUUGUGAAAAGAGAAAGCGAACUCCAUAACCAUCCUGCGGGUGGAAAGCGCUAGUGCAGAUGUAAAAAUAAAGAAUGAAACCAGA